AUGACUCGAAUCCUUGCUCCACUGGCGUGUCUUGUUGCUUCGGCAUCUGCCGGCGCCAACAGCCGUUUUGUCCAGGGCAGCGAUUCGUCAGCCCAGGAUGUGUCUACAGGCUGUCGACGAGCAUGCUCUGAGCUUUCCUCGAAUUUCGGGCCCGCUUUUCACUGGCCUCAAAAUGACAACUUCACAAUCUGGGACGCGAAGCAACAAGAGAUUCACCCCGCUUGUCGAGUUGAGCCUUCCUCGGCCGCUGAUGUUGCCAAAAUACUCGAAGUUCUCGUGGCCCACUGGUGCUACUUUUCUGUAAAAGGAGGUGGCCACUCCAGAAACCCGGGAGACUCCAACUCGGUCGGCGGUGUGACCGUGGACCUGGAUCGUCUGAAGAGUGUCGAUAUUCUUCAAGGGGGUACAAUGGCGCGCGUGGGUGGCGGUGCGACUUCUCUUCAGGUAUACGAAGCCUUGGGAUCCCAGAACUUGUCUUUCGUCGGCGGUCGAGUUGGCAGUGUUGGUAUAGGUGGCUUUACCCUGGGAGGAGGAACAUCACCUUUUUCGAACAAGUAUGGAUGGUCGUUGGAUAAUAUUUAUGAAUAUGAGGUCGUUCUCGCGAACGGAACCAUCACCAUUGCCUCAGAAACGCAUAAUCCUGACCUCUAUUUUGCACUUCGUGGGGGCGGAAACAACUUCGGUAUUGUCACGGCCUUCACUAUGCGAACCUUCUUGCAGGGCCCAGUAUUUACUAGCAUGACAACGUAUGCUGCGAAUCAGUCAAAUCAAGUUCUUGACAAGGUCUAUGACUUGUACACGGACGAACAUCUCACCAGUGACAAGGAAAUGGGAUACGAUCUAUACUAUACAUAUAGCGCGGCAGGUGAUGAAUUCACUCUGAGUGGCACUCAACGUUACGGGAAAGCAGUCCAGGAUCCACCCGUUUUUCAGGCUAUCAAUCGCAUUCCCACGCUGAGUAGAAGCACGGCCAUUGGUCCCAUGAGCCAGGUAGUGGACGGGACUGAUUCAAUGGGCACUACACGACACCUUUUUGCUACGCUAAGUGUGGCGCCAUCGCGCGCUUUAUUGUCACACGGGCUCAAGAUCUUUCAAGAGGAGGUGGAAGCCAUCAAGAAGGUCCCUGGCUUGGUUCCCAACUUUAUUUGCUAUCCGCUGCAGAAGAACGCCAUUGCGGCUAUGAAAAGGCGAGGUGGAAAUGCCCUGGGAAUCGACCGAGAUGAGCCUCUCUUUCUGAUUCUUAUCUCUACGGCAUGGUCAAACAGCAUUGACGAUGCCGCUGUUAACCGGAUGACGGCAAACACAAUUGAGAGACUAAAUGCUACAGCUAAUGACUUGGGUGUUGCAAAUCGGUAUAUAUAUAUCAAUUACGCAUCAGGAACGCAGGCCAACUCGGUAUUUUUUGGUUAUGGAGAUGAAAAUCUGCAGAGACUGAAGAGGACUCAAAAGGCGGUGGAUCCGUAUGGAAUAUUCACAUCAAAAGGUUUAUGGCGUGGAUUUGUCAAGCUGCUGUGA